AUGGCAGCAACAAACAAGCAGUGGAUCGUCGAGAACAAGGACAAGGGCUUCGAUGGCCUGGUCUACAAGGAAACCUCGAUUCCGCAAGUUGGAGAGAAUGAGGUGCUAGUGAAGCUUCAGGCAGCUUCGCUGAACUAUCGGGAUUUGAUCAUCCCUAAGGGCAUGUAUCCAUUCCCGACCAAAUUCCCCGUUGUGCCUGCAUCCGACGGCGCGGGUGAGGUCGUCGAGGUCGGAUCCAAGGUGACCGAUUUCAAGAAGGGUGACAAAGUGGCGACUCUCUUCAACCAAGGCCACCAGUUCGGUUCAAUCGAUAUCCCUGCCACCCAAACCGGGCUGGGCGGUGUGAUCGAUGGCACGCUUCGCGAAUACGGCGUUUUCGCCGAGAAGGGCCUUGUCAAGGCCGCGAAGAAUCUCUCUGCGAUUGAGAACAGCACUCUUACAUGCGCUGCACUGACAAGCUGGAAUGCUCUGUACGGCUUGAAGGCUCUGAAGCCUGGUGAAUAUGUCCUGGUGCAAGGCACAGGUGGUGUCAGCCUGUUCGGGUUGCAGUUCGCCAAAGCCGCUGGUGCGAUCGUGAUUGCGACCACAUCCUCUGCACAGAAGGCCGAGAAACUGAAGCAGCUAGGUGCGGAUCACAUCAUUAACUACAAGGAGGAUGAGAACUGGGGUGAGACCGCUAAGAAGUUGACUCCCGAUGGUGCUGGUGUGGAUCAUAUCAUUGAGGUUGGUGGUGCGGGGACGCUGAAGCAGAGCUUCAAGGCUAUCAAAUACGAGGGUGUGAUCAGCGUGAUUGGCUUCCUUGGCGGUGUCGACCCAAAGACCCAGCCGAGCGUUGUGGACACCCUAGGCCACAUCUGCACCGUUCGUGGUGUGUAUGUUGGUAGCAAGGCCUUGAUGAGAGAUAUGAUUCGUGCCAUUGAGGCCAACGAUAUUCAUCCCGUUGUGGAUGAGAAAGUGUUUACUCUUAGCGAAGUCCGAGAGGCGUACGACUUUAUGUGGGCCCAAAAGCACUUUGGAAAGCUAGCUAUUAAGAUCUGCUAAAUGCGAGUGAUCAAUCACCUGCAAUAAUAAUACUUCCCCUUUGGACACGGAGACUAGCCGGGGU